UUGCUCAGCAACGAGAAGGCAAACAAGCUGUGGCACUAGAGCUGGUAGAGUUAACUCGUUCAAUAGUCUGGAAAGUUACCCCUCUCAACUCAACUUCCCAAAACUUUUUUUGUGUUUUUGCUUGCAAAUGACGUUUGGAGAUUUAUUGUUUUAAAAAGAAUCGUGUUCUCAGAUGGUACAUUAAUAAGAUGGCUGGCAAAAAGAAAGAAGUCAGCUUGCAGGCGUCUGUCGCAAACCAAGAGCAAUGGGAUGAGAUGCUUGCAACUAAAGGUUUAACAGUUGUAGAUGUGUACCAGCAGUGGUGUGGUCCAUGCCGAGCUGUUGUCAGUUUACUGAGGAAGAUCAAAAAUGAACUGGGAGAUGACUUGUUACAUUUUGCCACAGCAAAAGCUGACAGUAUCGAUGCUCUAGAAAGGUACAGGGGGAAGUGUGAGCCCACCUUCCUGUUCUAUGGGGGGGGGGAGAUGGUCUCAGUGCUGCGGGGGGCUAACGCUCCUGUCCUCCAGAGGAUGGUGUUGGAGGAACUGGCCAGAGAGAAGACUGUCCUGGAGGAGGGAGGGGAACGCAGAGUGGUGAAAGAUGAAGGUUUGAUAGAUGAAGACGAGGAGGAGGAUCAAAGUGAUGAAGAUACGCUUGUUCCAGACAGUAAAUCAUACACAGUGGCCAUCAUCAAACCAAACGCUGUGGCUCAUGGCAAAACUAGUGAGAUUAUCAUGAAGAUUCAGGAUGCCGGGUUUGAGAUCCUAGCCCACGAGGAGAGAACGCUGAGCGACUCUGAAGCACGAGAUUUCUACCAGAACAAAGUUGGAGAGGCAUGUUUUGAAGACCUGAUCCAGUUCAUGUCCAGUGGCCCCUCUCACAUCCUGGUGGUCUCUCAGAGGGAGGGGUCAGGUAAUGUGGUGCCAGCAUGGAGGGAGUUCAUUGGUCCAGCAGACAUAGAGGAAGCCAGGAGGGAUAAACCUGAGAGCCUACGUGCCCAGUAUGGCAGUGAAACCCUGUUCAACACGCUCCACGGUAGUGACGACAGCCAUCAGGCCAGGAGGGAGCUGGCCUUCUUCUUCCCCAGCUUCAGGACUUCUUCCCGGGCAGAGCAGCACGAGGAGGAAGGGCGAAUGGAGAGGACACUGGCUCUCAUCCGACCCAACCUCUCCAGGGAGAGCAAAGAUGAGAUCUGGUCUCGUAUCCAUGAGGCUGGCUUCACUGUGUCUCUCCAGAGAGAGGUGAUAUUAACAGAGGAACAGGCCAGACGGUUCUACAAACGACAUGUUGACCAGGACUACUUCCCUGCCCUACUGCACAACAUGACCAGCGGUCCUGUGUUGGCUCUGGCCCUGGCCAGGACGGGAGCUGUGGACCACUGGAGGAACCUUCUGGGCCCUAAAGACGUCAACAAGGCCAGGGAGGAGCAGCCCGACUGCCUCAGGGCCCAGUUCAUGGUGGCCAGUGAGGAGGACAGUGAGCCCCAGAACCAGCUGAACCAGCUCCAUGGCAGUGCCAGCAGGGAGGAGGCAGAGGAGGAGAUUGACUUCUUCUUCCCUAAACAGCAGACUCUGGCCAUCAUUAAGCCUGACUCCAUGGACGAACAUAGAGAGGAGAUCCUGGGGGAGAUCCGUGCUGGAGGUUUCUCUAUAUCUCGGCUGAAGGAGACAGUGUUGUCUAGAGACACGGCUGAGGAGUUCUACAGGGAACACAGAGACAAACCGUUCUUCAGCCAGCUGGUUGACUUCAUGUGCAGCGGCCCCUGUAUGCUGCUGGUGCUGACCAAGGAAAAUGCUGUGGAGGAGUGGCGGUCCAUGAUGGGCCCCACAGACCCUGGCCUGGCCCAGGUUGCGGCCCCGGGGUCCCUGAGGGCCCGCUUCGCCUUAGACAUCCUCCACAACUCCCUUCACGGCUCCUCCAAUCAGGAGCAUGCUCAGGAGAAGAUACACUUCCUGUUUGGUGAUAUCAUCACCUCAGAUAGAGACCUGACCAGCAAUGGGGAACUGGAUCCCACAUCGCGAGGAAAACAGCAGGACAGUUUUGCAGAUCUCAUGGCUUCCGACAAAUCAGGUUGUACAACUGCAGAAAUGACAGAACAUGCUGAGCCAGGAAGUCCAGAGAGCCAUCAAGAGCAUGUUGAGCCAGGAAGUCCAGAGAGCCAUCAAGAGCAUGUUGAGCCAGGAAGUCCAGAGAGCCAUCAAGAGCAUGUUGAGCCAGGAAGCCCAGAGAGCCAUCAAGAGCAUGUUGAGCCAGGAAGCCCAGAGAGCCAUCAAGAGCAUGUUGAGCCAGGAAGCCCAGAGAGCCAUCAAGAGCAUGUUGAGCCAGGAAGCCCAGAGAGCCAUCAAGAGCAUGUUGAGCGGGCCACAUCCACGUCAGACACACCUAGUGUCACAAGCAAAGAAGGGAAAGGUGAUCAGACACCAGUCUGAAGAAGAAGGAUCAACAGAUGCCCAGUAGAGAUCCCCAGGACAGAUCCCCAAGACAGAUCACCAGAAGAGAUCCCCAGGACAGGUCACCAGUAGAGAUCCCCAGGACAGAUCCCCAGGACAGGUCGCCAGUAGAGAUCCCCAGGACAGGUCACCAGUAGAGAUCCCCAGGACAGGUCACCAGUAGAGAUUCCCAGGACAGAUCCCCAGUAGAGAUCCCCAGGACAGAUCCCCAGGACAGGUCACCAGGACAGAUCCCCAGUAGAGGUCACCAGUAGAGAUCCCCAGUAGAGUUCCCCAGUAGAGUUCCCCAGGACAGAUCCCCAGGACAGAUCCCAAGUAGAGAUCCCCAGGACAGAUCCCAAGUAGAGAUCCCCAGGACAGAUCCCAAGUAGAGAUCCCCAGGACAGAUCCCAAGUAGAGAUCCCCAGGACAGGUCACCAGUAGAGAUCCCCAGGACAGAUCCCCAGUAGAGAUCCCCAGUAGAGAUCCCCAGGACAGGUCACCAGUAGAGAUCCCCAGGACAGGUCACCAGUAGAGAUCCCCAGGGCAGGUCACCAGGACAGAUCCCCAGUAGAGAUCCCCAGGACAGAUCCCCAGGACAGGUCACCAGGACAGAUCCCCGGUAGAGGUCACCAGUAGAGAUCUCCAGGACAGAUCCCAAGUAGAGAUCCCCAGUAGAGUUCCCCAGGACAGAUCCCCAGUUGAGAUCCCCAGGACAGAUCCCCAGUAGAGAUCCCCAGGACAGAUCCCCAGUAGAGAUCCCCAGGACAGAUCCCAAGUAGAGAUCCCCAGGACAGAUCCCAAGUAGAGAUCCCCAGGACAGGUCACCAGUAGAGAUCCCCAGUAGAGAUCCCCAGGACAGGUCACCAGUAGAGAUCCCCAGGACAGGUCACCAGGACAGAUCCCCAGUAGAGAUCCCCAGGACAGGUCACCAGUAGAGAUCCCCAGGACAGGUCACCAGUAGAGAUCCAUAUGACAGGUCACCAGUAGAGAUCCCCAGGACAGAUCCCCAGUAGAGAUCACCAGUACAGAUCCCCAGGACAGGUCACCAGUAGAGAUCACCAGUACAGAUCCCCAGGACAGGUCACCAGUAGAGAUCACCAGUACAGAUCCCCAGGACAGAUCCCCAGUAGAGAUCACCAGUAGAGAUCCCCAGGACAGAUCCCCAGUAGAGAUCACCAGUAGAGAUCCCCAGGACAGGUCACCAGUAGAGAUCACCAUUACAGAUCCCCAGGACUCUGAUCGUCAAAGUUAAGACUGAAUGGCCUUCGUCUUUCAGAUACAACAAAUCAACAAUACCACUUGUAGGGCUACAGUACAUUAUCAUGUUACUUCAUUUGAAUGUUGCGAAAAAUGAAAUAAAAAUGUUACUGCAGAU